UGUUUUGCAUGUAGAUAAACUUAGGUGCUAUGCAUAAUGCUCUUGCUCUAUACUUUCUAAACAUCUUCAUUUUCGUGUCAGUACAGUUUGAUGCGCGGAUGACACAAACUUCGUUUUUUUCCGUCGAGUAUUUCUGAAAUAAUCAUAAUAAUCAUUACGAUUUUUAGGAUACAGACCUCAAAUGAUUGCAUAUGUGAAUACUCUUUCAAUUUGUUGAAAUAGGCCUAAGGUGGGAGGAACAAACAGUGCGUACGAAAUUGUAGUGGUUCCCAGAAGCGCAGGUGAAAAUUGAUUUAUAAUGUAAUUUUACCAUCAACGAGAAGAGCCCAAGUUUUCGCUUCCGGUGGGAUUUGCUAUGGAACAUUUACAUAUGACCUAUUUAGGGUACAUCGAAUGAGUAGUUUUUGUGGCUGCUGCAGUAGAGUAGUAGCUAGAAGAGUGUCAGCCCAAAUCGUCAAUAAUGAUUCCUUGGAUGCGAGAGAAGAUUGCCGAGCGGAAGGCCCGUUGGCAGCAGUCCAGAAAACAACGUGACGCUUCCGGGACAACUGCUGGCACUGCAGGAGAAACGGGUUCUAUGGGCAGUGCAAGCAGCUCAUCAGUUGCAACAACUGCCUCAUCAUCUUCUCCAGCUGGAUCAAGUUACCGCGGAAGUCCCUCAAGAACGUCUCGACUAUCGUCCAAGCAUCAUCAUCAUCAUCGCUUCCAACAACCGCAGCAGGCUACUGCUGAUCGAUCCAAACAAAGCUCCGUUUCCUUGGGACGACCCGGUUCCAGCUCCACAUCCGAAAGUCACCUGUUAGCCGUUGAGGGCUGCUCCUCGCAACAUCACAGCCGAAAGACGACUCUUCUGUUGCGCAUCAUCAGUCCACGUGGUGGCAUCGUUUGCAUAGAGGUUCCCCAGGAUUGCAAUGGUAGUCAGCUGAAAACCCACGCGCUGGAACAGUUUGCCAGUUGUUCUUUCUCGUUGCCCCAUUUCUCAUCGGAUAUUGAUCAGCUGGUGGGCAUGUAUAAGCUGAUACGAACGAAAAAUAGGACCGCCUUCCUGGAUGGACACACGCUACAGAAGCUAGGCGUUCGCAAUGAGGAGGAAUUUUUGUUGGUGGUAAAACGAACGGAUUUUAUACCUACGGAGGAUAACCUUAAAGGACCAACCAUAGCUGAAGUGCUAGCUGCGACAAAGCAAGUUCCUCUGUCACGUACCAAUCAGGCAACAGCAAAUUUCAAUGUUGGGAUGCUGCAAACCGAUUUGCAGCAGGAUCUCCGUAGAAUUCUUAUUUCCCUCGCACGUGCCUCCGCUUUUGUGAUAGGGUCCGGUUCUUGCGCGGAAAAGUUAAUCGCUUUGUUCAAUCAAAGGCUGGUCAACCGACGUCGGCAUCAGGUUCGAUCAGUCGAAACGCUCCUCGAGAUGGGAUUCUCGCUGGAUAAAAUUCAUCAAGCAAUGGAAAUCACCAAAAAUGUGUUCCCCGCCGCUCUGGAUUGGCUAAUACAAAACGAUAGCUCGGUAAAGCUGCUCAACUGUGAUACGAGUACAGAAAUAAGUACAAGAACGAACUCCGCUGUUAGCGACAACAACGAAGCAUCGACCAGUUCUGGCGAUCGAGCACCGCCUCUGGCCGAAGCGGAACCAGACAUCGACGAACCAGCAAAUACCUCCAAUGUGCCCUCGAACUGUGGUAGCCCCGGCGGCGAGGAUGAGCAACGAGAUGAAAUCCCAGACCAGAAAGAUAAAAGUGAAGAAAACAAAACGCAGGCCUGUCGCAAAAUUGAUCACGUGGAAGUGUUAUUGGACAUCAUUCGGCAAUACUCGGAUCGGGAUGUCUACCCGGCAUCGGAGAUGGUUGCUUCCAUAGUCGAGAUGGGUUUCAGCGAGAAAAAUGUACGGGAAGCAUUGGUUGCGACCAGGAAUAAUCAAUCUGCGGCGUGUGAAUGGCUGCUGGGAAAUAGAAGUAAAAGUUUAACCGAAUUACGGGAUGGAUUGCCUCAGGAUUCUCCGAUUCUACAAGUGCUACUAUCCUCUCCUCAAGUACAAAUUAGCUUAGGAAAUCCAAAAAUGUUUAUAGCGCUCCUCUCCAUGCUAGAUAAUUCCUCAACAAUGACGAUGUGGCUUAGUGAUAACGACAUCUCUUCAGUUCUAGGCCACAUAUUGCGUACGUACCACGAAGAGAAACACAUUGUGGCAAUCAAUCAGUUCAACAACGCACAAAGCUUCAACUAAAGCUUGUAAUAUGCCUAAUAGUUGUAGAAAUAACAGCAAGUUAUUGUCGAUGCACCGAAAUCAAACAAUUAACGCAAAGUGGAGUUUUAUGGAACAGUUAAGUAGUGAGGAGCAAAAUCAAAAUUCGUUGAUUUUAACCAUAAAAACAGAAAAUAAAUCUUUAAUGUGACACAAAAUCUAAAAAA